GGAGUUUGGAGUAGAAAGCCAAGUGGAUGAAGGAAGUGGAGAUCUCCACCCUCCAGCCUUCCCCUGACACUUCUCACAGAUAUUACCGAGGCUUAUUUGGGGGACUCGCACCACAAAGUCACAUCGUGUCUUGGUUUCUAAAAAGUUGCCAUCCGCCACGAUAUCAGAAAUCUGUUCUUUCUUUCUCUCUUGCUCUGUUCUUCCCUGCUGCGGGUUGGUCGGACGCGCUCCAGGCACAGUCUCUCCAUCUCCUAACUUUUGUGCACCGGCUGUUGCGCACCGAGCUGGAGCUCUGCGGUCGCCGUUGGUCCUCCUCUGUCCCUCGGGGCUGCACUCCGCCUCUCCUCCCGUCAGAAGUCCCUGCACCUCGGAGGCGAAGACUGCCUGAUACCAUGCACCCCCGAGUAUCUUCUACCGGGCUCGUCGAUCGGAAAUAAACUCUUGUCGAGUUGAGCAACUUGCGGGACUUGGACGCGCAGAUCUCGUCGCUGCUGGUGAAGAGCUGAAAGAACAAGUGAUUUGAAGAGAGAAAGAGGACUUUUCUUUUUUCAUCCCGAGCUGUUUUUGUUUUUUAAUAAAGUCGAGUAUCCAUGAUGAGCAAACCCGCCGGCUCAACAAGUGGCUGUUUGGAUAUUCUGAACGUCAAAUCAAGUCGGAUUCUGGACAUCCCAUGCAAAGUGUGCGGCGACCGCAGCUCAGGGAAACACUACGGUGUUUACGCCUGUGACGGCUGCUCGGGAUUCUUCAAGAGGAGCAUCCGCAGAAACAGGACUUACGUGUGUAAAUCUGGCUCCCAGGGAGGUUGUCCCGUAGACAAAACUCACAGAAACCAGUGCCGAGCGUGCCGCUUGAAGAAGUGUCUGGAAGUGAACAUGAAUAAAGACGCCGUCCAGCACGAGAGGGGCCCCCGGACGUCCACCAUCCGCAAACAGGUCGCCCUAUAUUUCCGGGGCCACAAAGAGGUGAACGGAUCGUCGACCCAUUUCUCGGGCUCCUCCAUGCCCGGCCCUCCCUUCUUCACCACGGUCACGCAACUGGAGCCUCACAACCUGGAGAUGAGCAACGUGGCCACCACGCCGGAGAGACAGGCCAUCGUUGGUCUGGCACAGCCCACCCCGAAGUAUCCCCACGAAGUCAACGGGACCCCCAUGUAUCUGUACGAGGUGGCGACGGAGUCCGUGUGCGAGUCGGCGGCGCGCCUCCUCUUCAUGAGCAUCAAGUGGGCGAAAAGUGUCCCCGCAUUCUCCACGCUGCCUUUAUCUGACCAGCUGAUUCUGCUGGAGGACGCAUGGAGGGAACUAUUUGUUCUUGGCAUCGCGCAGUGGGCCAUUCCUGUGGACUCCACAACUCUUCUCGCUGUUUCUGGAAUGAACACUGAAAACACAGAGUCCCAGCGGAUGAAUAAAAUCAUGUCUGAGAUUCAAGCACUUCAAGAGGUGGUCACCCGGUUCAGACAGAUGCGUCUGGAUGCAACGGAGUUCGCCUGUUUAAAAUGUAUCGUGACAUUCAAAGCUGUUCCCACGCACGGCAGCACCGAGUUAAGAAGUUUCCGUAACGCCAGCGCCAUCGCUGCGCUACAGGACGAGGCGCAGCUCACUCUCAACAGCUACAUUCACACCAGGUACCCGACUCAGCCCUGUCGCUUCGGUAAGCUGCUCCUGCUCCUGCCCGCGCUGCGCUCCGUCAACCCCACCACCAUAGAGGAGGUGUUCUUCAAGAAGACCAUCGGGAACGUCCCCAUCACCAGGCUCCUCUCCGACAUGUACAAGUCCAGCGAUAUAUGAAUUUCUCGCCAUCUGUCCAGUGCGCAUGGAAAAGAGCUGAGCCGAAGGCCCAUGCAGAGACUCACCCAGCAGUCGACAGAAUGACAAAUCCUAGCAGAUGUAACCAUGGGUUGAUUUUUUUUUUUUUUUCGCUAAGCACAAAAUCUCUUUGGCUAUAUUUAAAAAAUAGGCUCCAUUGAAACAAAGACUGCAACACAAGCUGGAAUUCACCAAGUAGCCAGUUAACAGUCUAGUUAAGGAUUAGCCUGUAAUGUUCAUGAUAGAAGUGACUUUAUGAAACUGAAAGCUACAGUUUAAAUACGGCCUGAAGACUCUGGAGAGCACCUGUCUGACAAAGAAUUGUUAUAUAUAACGAAGUUUUUCGAGUGUCUGUGAGACCAAUGAGCUUGAUGACCAAUUACAUCUUUUAUUGCUGUGUUCAGUCCCACUGGAGGAAACCAAAAAAAAAAAAAAGAUGGCGCAUGCGUAAUGUGGGGGGGAUGCGAGUCGCUGUCCCUCGAUCCGGUGCUGAAACCAAACGCACGGGGGCAUCGAUGAGGAGGUGGCAACUCAAAUUAUAAAGGAGGCACAGAGGGCAAAGACUUUAAAAAGGAUCCGCCUGCAUUGCCCCCCCCCCAGCCCCACCCCUGAGUGUAAAAGUACAUUAAUCUGAAGAUGUUUGUAUUUAAGUGGUAACUGUCCAUGUUUGUGUUGGUGUGUCCUGUUUGAGGCGCAACAUUAAACUGCUUAGGUCGACUUUGUGAAGUUAGACACUAACACUGGAUGAAAAAUUCAGCACUUGGGGAUGUUUUUGUGACCUGUGAUGUUUUUAUUCUGCUGUAAAUACUUAAGAGUUAUAACUGUUUAGAGUUGUAACCAAGAGAAUAAAAUACACUGAAUUAAA